UCCAGCAGUACCGUGGCUGUUAUAAGGACACAUCUGACCGUCUGUUUCCCAACGCACAGCUUCUGGGCCAUUCGUUAUUAACGAAUGCUCUUUGCAGGGAUCACUGUAGAAGUGGCCAUUUUCCCUACUCAGCAACUCAAUAUGCCGAAGAAUGCUUCUGUGGGACGAGGCAAAACUUUCAGGACCUCGGAGAUCCUCUUCCUGACAGCGAAUGUGACCGUCGGUGCACCGGAAAUCCUGAUCAAUUCUGUGGGGGUGAAUGGAGGAUGUCUGUGUUUAGCACUGGAACCUCGACAGAAACGAAUGUUGCACUCAACAAAAUGGCUUCACAGAGCAGUUUGCUGAGGUCGGAAUAUCCUGCGGAACGAGCUGUGGACGGAAACACAGGAACCAUUCUGUACCCUCUAAAGGAAUGCACACACACGGACCUGGAGUACGAGCCGUGGUGGAAGGUUGAUCUUGGAGACACUUACGUCAUCAGUCACGUGACAGUCAUUAACCGAGGAGACUGCUGUGGAGAACGACUGCGAAACUUUAUGGUACGAGUCGGUCCUUAUGAGGACUUCCGUGAAAAUACACCAUGUGGUGACAUUUACUCGGAAACUCCAUCGGAAGGAGAGACUAUCGACGUGCGGUGUGAGGAGCCCAUCUCAGGGAGGUGGGUGUCUGUCCAGCUGAUCGGCCGGGAGGACUACCUGUCUCUGUGUGAGGUACAGGUGUUUUCAGGGACAGGCGAGAUUCCUUUGGUUGAUGGAUACUCUUCUCGUCGUGGAGACUGCAUUGGGAACGACAUCUGGUCCAUUUACCGAGACGCUACCUCACUGGAGGACUGUGCCCGACUGUGUACGAGUCACCCAGACUGUACCAGCUUCAUGUUCUACAAUAACCAUAGGUGCUACCCAAAGACAAAGUCUUGUGCUGAAACUAACAAGACCAACCCAAGGAACGUGUUCUAUGACAGGAUUAUCGAAAAAGCCACAGGCAGAAAAUGGCGGGAGGAUUAUCAUUGCGGUUACGGAUAUUCGGCAGAAGGAGCUGAUCCGGCAGAGUGUGAUCCGCACUCAUGUUUCCCAUGCUGCUCUGCGGCUGGCUGGUGUGGAAACACACCUGACCACUGUGACUGUCCCGGAUGUACAAACUACCAGGAAUUCUAUGGAAUUGCACCAAUUACAUCAGCAAAGUUUGUACCAGAGGCAAUAAAGAGAUGGCGGGAUGAUUAUCGGUGUGGUCCCGACUUUCCUGCACCAGGGGCGGACCCAGGCGAAUGUGACCCCCAUUCCUGCUUCCCGUGCUGCUCAGCGGCAGGUCACUGUGGUAACAUCGGUGUAGAACAUUGUGACUGCCCCGGGUGUGUGGACUAUAGAUUUUUUAGACAGAACGGCAGCAGGUGGCGUGCUGACCUCCGCUGUGGUCCAGACUUCCCAGCCCCAGGUGCCGCCUCAGGAGAAUGUGACCCCGUGUCCUUCACUCCCUGCUGCUCGCUUUCCGGCUUCUGUGGAAGCACAGAGAAACACUGCAAGUGUGAAGGGUGUGUGGACUUCAGAACUGGCAGUGGAGUGUCCACCAACAGAACAGUCCAUCCACAAGAGUGCCUAACAGACAGCGAAGGUACGUCCUACCGAGGUACAAUACAACACACCAAAUCAGGACUCACGUGCCAGCGCUGGGACACUUCUUUUCCACACGAGCACGAGUAUCUGGAAAAGUAUCCUAACAGUGGAUUGGAUGAGAACUACUGUAGAAACCCAGACGGUCAGCCAGAUGCUGAGAGACCGUGGUGCUACACCAUAGAUCCAGACGUGAGGUGGGAGUACUGUGACAUUCAGGAAUGCAGGGUAAAUGUUGCACUCAACAAAAUGGCCUCACAGAGCAGUUUGCUGAGAUCAGAAUAUCCUGCGGAACGAGCUGUGGACGGAAACACAGGAACCAUUCUGUACCCUCUAAAGGAAUGCACACACACGGACCUGGAGUACGAGCCGUGGUGGAAGGUUGACCUUGGAGACACUUACGUCAUCAGUCACGUGACAGUCAUUAACCGCGGAGAUUGUUGUGGAGAACGACUGCGAAACUUCAUGGUACGAGUCGGUCCUUAUGAGGACUUCCGUGAAAAUACACCAUGUGGUGACAUUUACUCGGAAACUCCAUCGGAAGGAGAGACUAUCGACGUGCGGUGUGAGGAGCCCAUCUCAGGGAGGUGGGUGUCUGUCCAGCUGAUCGGCCGGGAGGACUACCUGUCUCUGUGUGAGGUACAGGUGUUUUCAGGGACAGAUAACAAAACGCGGCCAUAUCUGCUGUGCACGACAAGACGAGGUAUCAGCAAGCUGUUCUUAGACAGCUCGGCUCCUCCAGAAGUCAUCCAAACACCCGACAUGAGAUCUGUUAUAGGCGUGGCCUUCCACUGGCAAAAGCAGAUGUUAUUCUGUACUGAUGUGCAAAGUAACGCCAUCUCCAGAACGUAUCUGAACGACACAAGGCAAAGUGAGCUUAUUGUGGAUCAAAAUCUCGUCACUCCGGAGUCCUUGGCUGUGGACUGGAUAGGAGACAAUCUGUUUUGGACUGAUACGGGGAGACGUGUGAUUGAGAUGUCUAAACUUGAUGGAUCCCAUCGACGAACUUUUCUCAGUGUAGACCUGGAUAAGCCCAGAGGACUAGCAGUCGAUCCUAUCAAUGGGUACCUGUUUCUUGGUGACUGGGGAGAUGAUGCCAAAAUAGAACGUAUCACUCUGGAUGGGAAGGUCAGGGAAGUUCUGGUGAGCUCCGGUCUAAAGUAUCCCAACGGCAUCGCCUUAGAUAUACGACAACGCCGUCUGUAUUGGACAGACGCUGGACUGAAGAGAAUCGAGUCUAUAACCAUACAUGGAAAAGACCGGAAGCUGCUUGUAGAGGAGGAAUUUGCACCUCAUCCAUUUGGAAUCACAGUAUCCGAAGACAGGAUCUUUUGGACAGACUGGAGACUUAAUUCCGUCAUCAGUGCAGAGAAGGACACCGGCAGAAACCCAACUGUAGUCUAUGAGUCGGUGGGGAACAUGUAUAACAUUAAGUUGGUGGACAAACACAGGCAGCCAGGAACAAGUCCUUGUGGUAUAAACAAUGGUGGGUGUAGUCAUUUCUGUCUCAACACGCCGGCUGGUCACACUUGUGCGUGCCCUGAUAAUCUUCAGCUAGACGGAAGUACCUGUAGAAGAGGCGAGAUUCCUUUGGUUGAUGGAUACUCUUCUCGUCGUGGAGACUGCAUUGGGAACGACAUCUGGUCCAUUUACCGAGACGCUACCUCACUGGAGGACUGUGCCCGACUGUGUACGAGUCACUCAGACUGUACCAGCUUCAUGUUCUACAAUAACCAUAGGUGCUACCCAAAGACAAAGUCUUGUGCUGAAACUAACAAGACCAACCCAAGGAACGUGUUCUAUGACAGGAUUAUCGAAAAAGCCACAGGCAGAAAAUGGCGGGAGGAUUAUCAUUGCGGUUACGGAUAUUCGGCAGAAGGAGCUGAUCCGGCAGAGUGUGAUCCGCACUCAUGUUUCCCAUGCUGCUCUGCGGCUGGCUGGUGUGGAAACACACCUGACCACUGUGACUGUCCCGGAUGUACAAACUACCAGGAAUUCUAUGGAAUUGCACCAUUUACAUCAGCAAAGUUUGUACCAGAGGCAAUUAAGAGAUGGCGGGAUGAUUAUCGGUGUGGUCCCGACUUUCCUGCACCAGGGGCGGACCCAGGCGAAUGUGACCCCCAUUCCUGCUUCCCGUGCUGCUCAGCGGCAGGUCACUGUGGUAACAUCGGUGUAGAACAUUGUGACUGCCCCGGGUGUGUGGACUAUAGAUUUUUUAGACAGAACGGCAGCAGGUGGCGUGCUGACCUCCGCUGUGGUCCAGACUUCCCAGCCCCAGGUGCCGCCUCAGGAGAAUGUGACCCCGUGUCCUUCACUCCCUGCUGCUCGCUUUCCGGCUUCUGUGGAAGCACAGAGAAACACUGCAAGUGUGAAGGGUGUGUGGACUUCAGAACUGGCAGUGGAGUGUCCACCAACAGAACAGUCCAUCCACAAGAGUGCCUAACAGACAGCGAAGGUACGUCCUACCGAGGUACAAUACAACACACCAAAUCAGGACUCACGUGCCAGCGCUGGGACACUUCUUUUCCACACGAGCACGAGUAUCUGGAAAAGUAUCCUAACAGUGGAUUGGAUGAGAACUACUGUAGAAACCCAGACGGUCAGCCAGAUGCUGAGAGACCGUGGUGCUACACCAUAGAUCCAGACGUGAGGUGGGAGUACUGUGACAUUCAGGAAUGCAUAGAUGGGUGUGACAACAUGUCAUGUGACUGGCACAAGGGCCAAAUGUGUGGAGGGCAUGGUGUAUGUCAAUGUGGGAGGUGUGAAUGUGAAGGAGGCUGGACUGGUGCGGCUUGUGAAUGUUCGGAAAGUGUUGACAGCUGCCGAUCAUCAAAUGGGCUGAUCUGUAACAACCACGGUGAGUGCAAUUGUGGUAUCUGCAGGUGUAAUCCGUCCACCUUCUACUAUGGACCGCAGUGUGAUGACUGUGCGACCUGCCCUGGAAUUUGCGGAGAGCUCAGAGAAUGUGGGGAAUGCCUUAUCAGCGGUAUCAGGGAUUGUAGGAAAUUUUGCGGUGGGGUGACGAUAGCCCAAACACAAGACAUCAACACAGAGUCAUCUAAGCUCUGCAAGUUCAAGUCCACUAGUGACACAGAAUUCGAGUUUACCUACGGGUAUGACACAAAGGGCGGUGCAGUCAUUGCAAGCCACCAGCCCGAAUCUUGUCCCACGAGGCAGUUAAGAUGCACUUCCGGCGAGUGUAUUUCAGUGGACCUGAUCUGUGACCGGAAACCUGACUGUGAUGACGGAAGCGACGAGGAAGGCUGUGAUGAUGACGCUGCCAUGUCUAUCGACAGCCAAUCCGCAGCUGCGCUGCACUCUGAACCCUGGCUGCCUAUUGUUCCGUAUCCGCCUCGUAAGCUCGCUGCAAGACUUCGCAGUCUGGAGACGGAUGAACUGACAGAGUCUAUGGCUGAACGUAGAGCUUCAGGAUUGGUCAGGAAGAUAUUCGGGUUACCAAUAUUCAGGAAAAGGCGAGAUAUUGCCGACCGACCGGAUGACUCUCCGCCGGACAGCAUCCUCUUUGUUGGUGAAAAGGCAUAUCGAUUUCCGUCCCAGCCUCAGGAGCGUAACGCUGUGGAAGAGUUGGCAACGCUGCCGUUCAGGAUCAACCAGUUCCUGGAAGUGUUAGUUCAUCUGAGGCAGUGUGGACUUACAGAGGGACAGCAGCAACAGAACCCGGUGCCAUUCAAGGAUGAUUAAAUAAUCUUCAUCAAAUCAGUCUAUCCGAUCGUCAGGUAUAUAAUCAAACAUGUUUGUAGCACCAGUUCAAAUUGGUCUGAUGCAAAUGGCGUCAUUUGCAUAGGUUUGACUGUAUUUGACAAAACAGAGGCACUUGGCAAGAACGUCAGAUUGGUUAAGAGACUACGUUAUGGGUAUUUCACUCAAUUUUAAAAGAUAAAGGUUUUUAAAUGAACUAGUAAGUAUGAUUUAAAGAUUCACCGCAUGGUUUACAUUAUUUAAGCAAAAUUAUUACAUUCAUAUAACCACAUUUAGAACUGCACUAUAUGUACCCUAUUCAUUCAUUCCUAAUCAUUGUUUCUAAAACAACUAUUAUUACUAGGAUAUUUUUUAUAAUACUGAAUAAAGUCAUCUUGAACCUUGCAGUCAUCUCUGUUACGACUUUUAGUAACAUUGAUCUGCCAGGUAGCCCCAAACAACAUUUUUUUUCAAAUAUUGAAUACUUCUUCCUCGCUCUUCAGGGAUAUGCGUGUCCUUAUUAAAUAUUGAUUAUGUACAAUGUGAAUUACUGUUAAUCUGUGCUGACUGAUUAUUUUUAUUAUUGGAAUCUGCUUUCUAAGUUCACGUUGGUCUUUCUAUA